UUUCCAAGAGCCGAGUCGGCGACUGCGUUAUACAGAGAUUGUUUUUCAUUCCAAUUAAACUCGAAAUUGUUGCCUGAUCUGAAAAAUAACAUUUUAGAUGAUUGUUAAAUCCAAAAAUUAUGAAUGAAGGGUAAUUCAAUAAAACUCUCGAUAAUCACUCUGUUGAUGUUGUCCUUAAUACCAUGGCCUGGGCCAACAAUAUUCAAAAUAUCUUGCCCGAGAGAUAGGGCUAGAAUAGUAAGAAAAGUUGUCCAGGCUAAGUGGAUUCCCAUUCUCGCCAAAUAUAAGUUGCAUUUACCGUUAGAAUGUCCUUUUCACCAUCAAAGGGAUAUUUUUGGACCGCAACAGCUCGCUAAAAAACAACACAGGCCUUCACAAUGGACUUGCGGAUUCUGUGGGAAAUCAUUUUUCGAGGAAAGAUAUUUGGACAUGCAUUUUGACAUUCGACACAAAACCCACAUAAAUAUGGCAGAGGAUGCAGUAUGUCUAGCAGAUUACUGUGAUAUAAUGCGUUGUGAGGUAUUGAACACUCAAGAUCUCAGAACAAUCUUGGACCACAAGAAUACCGACGUAGAAAUUUGGCACAAAACUACAUUACACUCCAAAGCGCUUAUUUCACCUGGAUCUCGGGAUGUGGCAAAUUACGACAUCAAAUCUGAAUCUUUUAAAUAUUUACAAAAGAAAAAUGAUCUACUUAAUGGAAAGCAGCAGUGUCAGAGGAGUAAGAAUGUUGCAAGAAACAAUGAAAGCAACUUAAAUGAAAACGACAAAUUAAAACAUGGCAAGGAAGCGAAUAACGUGUGCCGAAUGGAUCUCGUCGAUUCAGCACUUCCGGCGCCGGACGGCAACCAUCAACGCAUUGAUAAUUGGCAAAAAAAGCUGAAAGCGGAUUGCAAACCCGAGGAGCUGCAGAAAAUCAAAACCAAGUGCGAAAUCUUGGUACGCCAUUGCAUAGCCAAUCUGUUGAUUCAUUUGUCCUUUAAAGACUUUCAAGAGGUCGAAGAUGAUUUCAACCGAGCCGUGUGUUGGUACUUGACUUGCGAUCGUUACUGGGAAGAUUCCCAGACAGACAUCCGGAGCUUUCCCUGGGGACUGGUUUGCAUGAUCAUUAUGGUUUUAUCUUUGGGAAUUUGUUUGUGCUAUUACAUAGUAUGGGUGUUGUUUGAUAUUUCUAGUACUGACGACAUAAGCGUAACCAGUACCAGCCUUACAGACAGGUCAACUCCGUCACCGACGCACCUUCAUGGGCAGAAUUUGGGCGCUACAGAUGGGCACCAUAUAUUUACGGAAGAUUUUAUUACAUCAGACAAAGAUAACGAAUAUAUUUAUGUGACCUACCCGCCAGAAUUAAAAAGAAGAUUGUUAGAAAGUUGCUACAACAGAACUACCCGUUUGUAAACUCAGAAGCAUAUUUCAACGGUCUCGUCGAACGAAGUUUAACAGAACGGUAGAAUCAAUAAUUAAAUUCAAUUUCAAUUCAAUUAAAUUUAUUUUUCGAAUUAUUUUUCAAUUUGACUGUUUUUUGUUAUAAAAAUAAAACUUGUGCCAUGAA